ACAGGACUCUUCCGGUAACCUGUCGUGUGUCCAGGAGUGUGCGCCCUGCUGCCGGACGCGCUCGAUCCAGAUCAUGGACCUGGUCCUGCUCUUUCACUCGGUCCUCCGUGGGCUUCCUCUCUGACGCCGCAGCUCGGAGGCGCUGGAGCUCCAACAUGCUGCUGCUGCUGCCGCCGGGGAACGAGUCCUCCGGCCCCGCUGACCUGCCGCCGGCCAACCGGUCCGAGGCGGCGGGGGGCGGCGGCGGCUCCGGGUCCGAGGCGGUGGUCGUGCCGGUGGUGUUCGGGCUGAUCUUCGUGGUGGGGCUGGUGGGCAACUCCCUGGUGAUGGUGGUGAUCGGGAGGAUGAGGUGCGGAGGAGGAGGAGGAGGAGGGGCAGUGGGGAUGCGCUCCGGCAGCCCCACCAACAUCUUCAUCCUGAACCUGAGCGUGGCGGACCUCAGCUUCCUCCUCCUCUGCGUCCCCUUCCAGGCCACCAUCUACUCGCUGCCGCAGUGGGUGUUCGGAGGCUUCGUGUGCAAGGUCGGACACUACUUCUCCAGCGUCUGCAUGUUGGUCAGCAUCUUCACGCUGGUCGCCAUGUCCGCGGACCGCUACGUCGCCGUGGUGCACUCCAAGAGGUCCGCGUGCGUCCGGAGCCGCAGGAACGCGCUGGCCGCGGUGUGCGUCAUCUGGACGGCGUCCCUGCUGUGCUCGGUGCCGGUGGCGCAGCACCAGGUCCUCACCCGCCACCCCGCCGCCCCCAACAGCACCUUCUGCUGGGAGAUGUGGACCGGCGCCUCCAGGGCCGGCUACAGGGUGACCAUCGUGCUGGUCGGAUACCUGCUGCCGCUGCUGCUCAUCAGCUGCUGCUACGCCAGGGUUCUGUAUCAUCUUCAUAAGAAGAUGAAGAACAUGUCUAAGAAGUCUGAGUGCGCUAAACGAAAGACGGCUCAGACGGUCCUGCUGGUCGUCGCCGCCUUCACCAUCUGCUGGAUGCCCCACCACAUCAUCGCCAUGUGGGUGGAGUUCGGGAGCUUCCCCCUGACCGACGCCUCCUUCGCCUUCCGCAUCGUCUCCCAUUGCCUGUCCUACGGGAACUCCUGCGUCAACCCCGUCCUCUACGCCUUCCUGUCCGAGAACUUCCGCAAGGCCUGCCGCCAGGUCUUCACCUGUCGAUUCCUGUUCCCUCCGCUGCCCCGGGAUACGGCGUCUCGUGUCCGCCUGGAGAUCUUCUCCACCAGCCACGUCUGAGGACAGAGGAAGGAACGUCGCGAACACGAGAUGCGACGAACGGACUUUCAGAAAAUUCACAAAGAUGUGAAGAAAAGUUUGGAGAGUUUUUUUCUCUCCGCAGUCGCCAAGUGCUUGCUUAUUGUGGGAUUUGUUGGGUUUUCUCUGUUAUAUUGUAAUAUUGACCUUACUGUGUGAAGUGCCUUGGAUGUAUGUUGUGAUUUGGCGCUUCACAAAUAAAAUUGAAUUGAAGAAAAAUUGCAUAAAAACACAUGAAAAAAAAAGUUAGUUGAAAAGUCUUAAAGAAAAGUGUUGAAUAAAAGUCAUGAAAUAAAGAGUUGAAUAAAAGUCAUGAAAAAAAGAGUUGAAGAAAAGUCGUGAAGAAAAGUCGUGAAAAAAAGUCGCGAAAAAAAGUUUGAAAAAAAGAACCAAAGAAGUCGUGAAAAAAAUAAGUGAUGAAAAGUCGUGGAAAAAGUCACGAAAUAAAGACGGGAAGAAAAGUGCAACGAAAAGAUGUCGUGAAGAAUCAGGCUCAAGAAGAAAAGAAAGAAAGAACGAGUGAUUUUCAUCUUUUAUUUUAAGGAUGAUUCUGUU